ACAACAACAUCUCUCUCAGAUCUGGUGAAGCAUUCAACAAACUUCUGCACAGAUCAACACGAACCCCCCCCCCUACAAUUCCAAAAUCACCCAAAAACCAUGUGGAGUAAUACGAGUCGCCAUGCAUGCAGCAGAAUGAGUGGCAGUGGCGGGAGACGAAUGUUGACGGCGGCUGCGGCGCAACUCCACCUCCAAACAAGACACUGCACAUCAAGCAUCACGACGACGACCGCGACCACUGCGACCACUGCGACUUCAACGAUGAUGACGAUGAUGAUGAUGAUGACGCGAAACGCAACCACGUUCAGCGCUGCGGGCACAGCGGCGCAAUCUCAAUCACGAAGCGUCAGCCGAAUUGCUGUCAACAGCAACCUCAGUCCGAUUCGACCAUCAUCACCAUCAUCAACAAGUGCAACAGCAACAGCAACAGCAACAACACGGCGAGCAUUCACAACGGCUGCAACUGGACCCACCUCAAACGCUCUCGCGACAACCUUGCCUGCGUUGACGGACGCGCGGCGCGCAGACCUCUCGCGCGUGCGGCUGGUCGACUCGACGCUGCGCGAGGGCGAGCAAUUCUCAACGGCGUUCUUUGGCACCGCAGAAAAGCUCUACAUUGCUCAGGCGCUGGAUGCGAUUGGCGUCGAGUUUAUCGAAGUCACCACGCCCAUGGCGAGCAAGCAGAGCGCCGAGGAUUGCACCAAGAUUGCCAAGCUCGGACUGAAGGCGAAAAUUCUCACCCACACCCGCUGUCACAUGGACGACGUGCGCGCCGCUGUCGAGUCGGGCGUCGAUGGAGUCAACAUUUACAUGGCCACGUCGUCCAUGCUCAGGCAGUACUCCCACGGCAAGGGCAUUGACAAGAUUAUCGAGACGGCGCGCGACGUGAUUGCCUACGCUCAGAAGCACGGCUUGCAGGUGCGUUUCAGCUGCGAAGACACAUUCCGCUCGGACACGACCGAUCUCAUCAGCAUUUACACGGCCAUGAACAAGAUGGGCGUCGACCGCGUUGGGUUGGCUGACACUGUGGGUGUAGCGUCGCCCCUCGAGGUCUACCAGCUUGUGCGACACGUGCGCAGCCUGAUUGACUGCGACAUUGAGUUUCACACGCACGACGACACGGGCUGCUGCAUUGCCAACGCGUUCGUCGCUGUCCAAGGCGGUGCCACGCACAUUGACACUUGCGUGCUGGGCAUUGGCGAGCGAAACGGCAUUACGCCUCUUGGCGGCUUCCUUGGUCGGCUGUACACAAUCGACAAAAAGUACAUUACCUCGCGGUACAACCUGCGUCUGAUUCCGGCGCUAGAGCAGUACGUGGCAGGCCAGGUUGGCAUUGACAUCCCGUUCAACAACUACAUUACGGGCGCCGCUGCCUUCACACACAAGGCGGGCGUCCACUCCAAGGCCGUCAUGCAAAAUCCGGAAGCGUACGAGGUGCUCAAUCCGGACGACUUUGGCGUUUCGCGCCACGUCGCCAUCGCCCAUCGUCUCACAGGCUGGCACGCCGUGCAGCAGCGCGCCAACCAGCUUGGCAUCCGCGUCAGCGAGGCCAGCGUCAAGAAGGCCACUACCUACAUUAAAAACCUUGCCGACACCAAGUCCGUGACCACCGCCGACUUGGACAACAUUUUGCUCAAUUUCGCUGGUGAAGAAGCUGCUGCAGCGCGAGCAACAACGGCGGACUCGGACACGAGUGCUGCCAGCAGCGCGGUCGCCAACGCUACUGUUUCAGCGACAGUCGCUGCUUCCAUGUCGACUCAUUAGAGCCAAGCGCUUUGAGGAGAAGACGGCUGGUUUUGCUCGGGUUUCUGUUGACGGCAAGUUUGAUGCAUCGUUCCCGCUUCUUCCUGGUUUUUUUAUGCGAGC